GAUUUGCAUAAUAGGAGUUAUAGAACUACGACAGAGGUUUGGCCAACCCUGUAUAGUGUACUUUAGAGUCUAAUUAUUUAGUUACACUACCGUUAACGUAAACACUUAACUGCACUAUACUCUGUUUUAAUCUAAAAUACUAAACUAACUCAAAAGGCCUGGUUCUCUUGAGUCUUCUUAUUAGAUUGGCAUUGUUGAGGAGCUGGAUAAUCUCAAGGUUUCCAUGUUGGAGCAGUUGUUGUUGUUGACUACUGGCAAAUUUUUGUAUUGUAUUGUAUUGUCUCCAAAUAAUAGAUUACACCUGUAUAACCUGUUACCCAUAUUUUUAUACGAAACCAAGGAGAUCCAGUACCAGAACCAGAAUCUCUGACACACCUGGCCUUCCACUUUAGCGGGGAGGAGUUAAGGGAUACCUACACCACUGGUAGCUUUCCUUUUCUUUUUUGCCAGAUAAGAACCGGUAUACUGAUGUGUCAGGGAUUCCCAGCAUUUAUCUGUGAAGUGUAGCAUUAUUAGAUAAAGACUGAUAUUGUGCUAAAUAUUAUUUCUUUUGGAACAAAUCUAUUUAAUAUUUACUUUAUUACUCUUAUCGAAGAAAGUAAAGAAUCCUCUGAUUUUUUUUAAAUAUAUAAUAUCAGAAAAUAACUAUUAUUCUUAUUUAAAUAAAUAACAAAUGUAUACUAAUUUAAUAUAAAUUUGCGAUAACACAUAGUGAGAAUUAUACCGGAGGAUAAGCGAAAACAAAUUUAUAAAUUACUUAUAUCUUCUUACAUAUCAAAAUACUUGGCAACCUUGUACAAAUACGUCAAUAUAUUAGUUUAAAAUGUGAAAUUUUUCAGAUUUUAACAUCAAAUUUCUUACUAAAACGUGAAUAAUCCACUUUUUCUUUUAAUUUUCAUGAUGUUAUGUAACUUAUCUUCUAAUAAUUCAAAAAAUAUUUUCUAAUUCGUGUGUCCGUAAAGUCGAAUAUAAUCUACGCUUUUAUGCGAUAAAUCGCGUGCACUUGCUGGCUGGUAUCACCGCGUCUGACCUGUAUCAUGUCUUCAAUUUUUAUUUCCAAAAAGGCACGCUACUGGUAUCUUCAUUCUCUACAGUCGUACCCAAUACACGAUAUAUUAUUCUUGUAAACAAUACAAGACUUAUUUAUAUAAAAUUAAUACAUCAAAAUAAACCAGACUCACUUGUUGGCACGAGAUUUUACUGUGACUGUUAAGUUUGGUGCCAAAAAUUUUCACUUGAGAAAAUUGUACUAUUUAUAAAAUCGACCAGUUUAAAAUUUACUAAAACCAGCUAUUUGCGAAAAUGUCCGCCAUGGCGGAAUUCGCUCUAAUAUGUCACAAGGGCUUCAAGUUUCUCAUCACGAAAAACCCAUCAAAUAACAAUUUAGAAGGAUUUAUCAAAGAACUGAAAAGUAACAAUGUUAAAGUAGUUGUAAGGGUAUGUGAACCAACAUAUGAUACAGAAGCUCUCAAAGGUGCAGGAAUUCAAGUUUGUAAUCUCACCAUUCCCGAUGGAACUUGUCCGUCAGAAAGGAUAGUAGAAGAAUUUUUCGAAAUUUUGAAGAGACAGUAUUGUAUAAACCCGGAAUCUUGCGUAGCCGUUCACUGUAUUGGGGGGCUUGGCAGAGCACCAGUGAUGGUAUCACUGGCCCUCAUUGAAUUGGGUUUUUCUUAUGAAGAUGCCGUGAAUCUUAUUCGAGAAAAAAGAAGAGGAGCUAUUAACGCAAAACAAUUAGAAUUCCUUUCAAAGUAUAAACCAAAAGCACGAUUAGGCAACGACAAAAAAAAACAAUGCAACAUCCAGUGAUGUCUUUAUUAUUUCCAAUUAAAUUGUUUUGAUAAUGUUUUAUUGGUCGUGCACUGAUUAUUGCAUUUUGUUCUUGAUUAAAAUAUCCAAGCAAUAAUAUAUAAUCAUAGAGGGUAUUCAACUGCUCGAAUGUGGCCAUUUUCAUAAACGAAAAUAAAUAUAAUCAAAAUCAGUAGCACACAAUAUUUUUUUUACUAUUAUUUAAAAUUUAAAUGGACGAUAAUGGUUUUGGUCCAAGGGCCAUCAUCAGACUUAAAAGAAAGAAUUACAAUGAUGUAUCUUUAAGUCAGUAACAAAAGAGAACGUAAUCGUAUAUGUAUAGACUGACGUUCCUUAUACACAGUGAGUUUUGAGUAUGGAAUGCCUCAAUUAUCUGGGAAACGGCUUGCACGACUUUUAUAUACUUUGGUAUGUAAAGUUUUUGUAAUACGGCCGAUAUUAUGGUUGUAUUAACAUUGUUUUCAGGUUUUUCGGUUUUCUUGAAAUAUAAGGAAGUUUGUUAUUUUUUGUUUUUUGAAAUCCUUAAGAAAUUCUGAUUAUUUUUCAUGUAAUAUUCCCUAUACCAAAAAAUAUACGGGGUGAUCCAUUUUGAAAUAACAAAGUUUAUUAUAUUCCUGAAAACCGAAAGAUCUGACAACAAUAUAAAUAUAGCCAUAUUAUCGGCCGUAUUGCAAAACAUUUACAUACCAAAGUAUAUAAAAAUCGUGCAUACUUAAAACUCACUGUGUAUAUGACUAUGUUAUGUUUUGUCAGGGUUUGUUACUAACUAUAAACUUCUAAUACAAAUUAUUAAUAGGUAUUCUUCCUAAGUCUGAUUGUGGCCCUUGGGCCGAAACGGGUAGCUUUGAAACAAGUAAAAAAAAUAUUGUUUGGUACUAUUUUUAAGCAUUUUUAUUUUCAUUUAAUAAUAUAUGUUUUAGGAAGAAAUGUCUACACACCAAUAGUUUUUGUUUGUAAUAUAUAAACAAUCUUUAUUGAGUUAAGACCAUAAAGUCACUCACCGUGCCAUAAUUACGACGAAUCUACAGGAUUAGUAUGAAGUAUCGAGUUAUUUAAUAUCUCAUUAAACAAAAAAAAAGUAUUGUUAUAAAUAUUGCAGAUAUGUCAUAGGAGUAUCUUUCCAGACUAUUACAGAACAUAUAGUGGAAAAUUAGUAAAAUAUAAUAUUGUGUUGUUACUAAGAGUAGAAGGCGCUUGGAAAUUAAAGAUUUGAAUCAUUAGGAUAUUACAUUUUUAAAAAAAUUAUACAAUACCACGGUUCGUAGACACUACGGUGCCUCAUCCCCGUUGGUAAGGACGGAGUGAUGUGUCCGCAUGAAAAAGCGAGUUGAUAAAAAAUUUUAAAUUUAGGUUCGUUUAUUAGUUUUUUUUUUUUAAUCUAAUAGUUUAUUGUUAUUUAGUGAUGUUUAUACAGGGUGUCCCAUUAGUGCAUAAUUGUUCAAUAUUUUAAUUUGUGUUAUUAACACGCAAACAAGUUUUAAAUAAAAGUUAUGUGGACUUGAAAAAUACAUAUUUUAAAAAUAUUUUUGGAUAUACAGGGUGUUGUGUUUUUGCCUGGCAAAUAAAAAUGUAUGUUUUUUUUUAAAUAAAACACCUUGUAUUUUUUAUGUUAUUUUUAGAAUGGUUUGGUAUUACUGAUUUCAACCCUAAAAUGUUUCCAUAAAGUGUUGCCAAGCAAUUUUUUUUUUAAAUUAGAGAAUAAUGCAGACCCCAAAUUAAAUUAUCAUAAUAUAGGUAGGUUUACAUUGAUUUUUAAAUUUUUUAAUAUACAGACUUAUAAUAGACCGUCAGAUAGUGACUGAUUUCGGUGUCCUAUUUUCGCAUACAAGCCUCGAAGAGGGUUGAAAAGUCCAUCGAUUUUGAGUAGAAUGAAAGGAAAUUUAUGAAUGGCCCCCAGGGAUAACAUAUGGAAAAUUCGAUUUUCCUUAACAGAAAUAAAAGGUGUUUUUUGCUCAUUUUUUCACGCAAGCAGUUUUCACUAUGAUUAAUUAAUAGAACUAGACCUCAGAAAACCAAAGGCUUUAAUGUUGCAAGUGGCUAAAGGGUUGAAAUAAGGGCGUAAUCUUGUAAAAAAAAUCGAUAUUUUAACUGAUUUUUCCACACAAGCCCGUCGAAAGUAUAAAUACAUACAUCGUCACUAGCCCGAAAAACAUAUUGGCUUGAAUGGCGCGAAUGGAUAAGUGCAUUUUGUAGUCGGAAAAAUUACCGCAAAUUUGUUUUGAUUUUUGAGUUAUUUUUUUAUGCAAGCCUUUUUAACCAUAGAAUGUUAUUAAUGUGUUAGACGUAAUAAUACAAUUGGCAUGAGUAUCGGAUGUGGACGAUACGAAGGCUUGCGUCGGAAAGUUGAAGGUAAAUGUUAUGGAAAAUGCCACCAUUUUCCCACGCUAGCCGUUUGACAUAUGCUUAGAAAAAGACUAUAUAACAAAAGGCUUGAGUGUCGUACAUGGCCAUCAUAUUAAUUAUAUAUAAUUUAUAUAACAAAAAACUGACACAAGCCUUUUGGCAUAUGCUUAGAAAAAGUGAUUCUAACACUAUAUAUAAAAAGGCUUGAGUGUUGGACAUGGUCUUCAUAUUAUUUAUACAUAAUUUAUUUAAUAAAAUGCUGACAAGAAAAUCUAUAAAUAUCCACCAUUUUCUCACACAAGCCGUUUGGCAUAUUCUUGGAAAAAGUGAUUCCAAGACUAUAUAACAAAUGGCUUGAGUGUCGGACAUGAUUAUAUUAAUUAUACAUAAUUUGUUUAACAAAAAGCUGACAAGAAAAUCUAAAAAUAUUCACCAUUUUCCCACACAAGCCGUUUGGCAUAGUGAUUAUAAGACCCUAUAAUGAAAGGCAUAAGUGUCGAAAAUGGAACAUAUUAUUUAUUUAAAAUAGAUCUGUCAGAAAAAGUAGAAAUGUUUAUGCAGGGUUAUUAUUUUAAAUAAAUAAUUUAGCGUAUAUUUCAUGCGUAUAAGUAUAAUAAUGUUUAAUAUUAUGAAAAUAAUGCGCAGGAUAUGGGUCUUCAUAUUAUGGUUUUCAUAUAAAAAAUAUACAAUUUAUUUAAAAAAUAAUGGUAAUGAAUUUAGUUAAUUCUAUUAAUAAUUUUACAAAUUAAAUUAUAUACAAAGUGAUUUUACGAUAUACUUCUAUUUGUAGAAGUUUCGACAGUCCAUAUUUUUCUUAAAUGUUGAUAAACAUUCACGGUCAAAUAAUAUAAUAUUCUCGUAGGUGGAUUGUUUGCAAAUAAAACAGCUCCUCGUGUCCGUUUUUCCUGCAUUUUUAACCAUGCUGCUCCCAAAUAACUGUAAAUUAUCUAUAAGUAUUUGUUCUAUAAAUUAAUGGAAUAUUAUUGUUUGAAUUCGCCAUAUAAGAAAAAAUUAAACUAUAAACCUAAAUAUCAAAACCUAAAUAUCACCCUGAAUUAUCUAAAUAUCAAUUAUCAAAAUUAUUUUAUAUCAAAUUUAUUAUAAAAGUUGACCCGUGGCCAGACUAUUAAACGACUAUACAUUUUAAAUGUUUAUUAACUUAAUGCCCUCUUGAAUGAUUGUAAAAAUUCAAAUAUUUCAUUUGAUUAACUAAAUAAAUGUAUAUUAUAGUACUUACCAAUUAUUUAUGAAAGAAUAUAUAAAUUUUUCUAUAAAAUAAACCUAUUGUUAAUUCAACACUAAAUUCAUAUUAAAAUUUACUAUACGAAUAAUCACCGAACAAUAAAUAAUAAUAACCCCGCAUAAAUAUAUAUAUAUAUUUGUAAAUUUUUUUGUCAGUUCUUUUUUAGAUCAAUAAAUGCUCCAUGUCCUUUUGUUAUAUCGUUUUAGAAUUACUUUUUCUAAGCAUAUGACAAACGGCUUGCGUGAGAAAAUGGUGAAAAUUUCUAGAUUUUCUUGUCAGCUUUUUGUUGAAUAAAUUAUAAAGAUAUAAAUAAUAUGAUGGCCAUGUCCGACACUCAAGCCUUUUGUUAUAUAGUCUUAGAAUCACUUUUUCUAAGCAUAUGUUAAACGGCUUGUGUGGGAAAAUUGUGGCAAUUUGCAUAUAUUUUUCCAGCAACUUUCCUAUGUUCUGAAAAUAUGAAGACCACGCUCUGCACUCAAGCCAUUAUUUAUUUCUGGGCUCUUAAAUUAUUAAUAUUAUUAUUGCAAAAAAUUUUGUUGAGGGGCAAAUAACUGGAAAAUCGAAAAAAAAUUCUUUUAGAUUUUCCAACCUCAAAAUGGACUUACCCACUCGCGCCACUUAAGCCAAUAUGUUUUUCGGGCUAGUUACGACGUAUAUUUUCAUACUCUCAAUUGGCUUGUGUGGAAAAAUCGGUUAAAAUAUCGAUUUUUCUUUACAAGAUUACGCCCUUAUUUCAACCCUUUAGCCACUUGCAACAUUAAAGUUUUUGGUUUUUUGAAGCCUAGUUCUAUUAAUUAAUCAUAUAGUGAAAACGGCGUGCAUGGAAAAAUGAGCAAAAAACACCUUUAAUUUAUGUUAAGGAAAAUCGAAUUUUCCAUAUGUUAUCCCCAGUGGCCACUCGUAAAUUUCCUUUCAAUCUAUUCAAAAUCGAUGUACUUUUUAACCCUCUUCGAGGCUUGUAUGCGAAAAUGGGGCACCUAAAUCAGUCACUAUCUGACGGUCUAUAAGAAGCUGACGAAUAGUGGUGAUAAAACUGGUUUAUUUUAUACAGAGUCUUAAAUAUGGCUAAUUUUAAGUUUAAUUUACUAAAUUUUUUUAAAUGCAACACUCUGUAUAUUAUUUUACCAUAAACUUCCUUAUAAAUUUACCUAUCCAACGAUACCAACAUGUUAUCCAAUAACACAUAUACAGGGUGUCCCAUCAGUGCGCAAUUGACCUAUAGCUUUUUUUAUUAUUCUCUUUCAUUUUGUGACGUCACACUCCCGUCCGUAGCAACCUGAUGAGGCGACCGUUUCAGUCUACAAUAAACACUAACGAAUUCUAACAGUUCAACAAUAUUCUUUUCAAAGUAUGCGAAUAAUGUGACAUUUACCUACCCAUUAUAUUACUGCGGUUUAAUUUGAAUUUGUGCAUAGGGUACCCAAUUACUCUAGAAAUUGGCAAGAAUUAGAAAAUUAUGUCAUAUACAGGCUAUUCCAUUUAUAAAAUAUUUAUAAUAUAAUAUAAGUUGCUACCUUUUUUCAGAUAUUCUGUAUAUUUUGUAAUAAUUUGAACAUGAGAAUUAUUUUCGACAAGUAAAAACUAUACUUUUUCUACGAACCCGAUUAUGCUAAAAUGAAAAUAAAAAUAACGUAAAUGCUUUAUUUUGUAAAAGAUGCAACCAAAAAUCUUAACAAUUAGUUCAAUAUUUAACAUCUGAUAGUGCUUCGUUGGCCUAAUUGAUAGAGGCGCUGACGGCUCCAGUUGAAAAGUUUCAGGUUCGAUCCCUGGUCUAUGCAUUAAUUUUUAAUUAUCUUUUUUAACUUUGUCAAUUUUUCUUUAGUUUGUUUUCACUUUGUGGAUGUGGGAGUUAAUUUUUCAAUAUUUCUCAUCUGAAUUGGGGAUUUUAUAUUUUCAAGUUUCCAAAAAUUGCAUAUCACUUUUCGGAUCUCAAAUGAUUUUCUCAUUUUUCUUUGUCAUAAUUAGUGAUGCCGCGAGACGAGAGAUUCCCGUCUCUCGUCUCGUCUUGUCUCGUCUUGUACGAGACGAGAGAGACAUUUUCUCUCGAAAAAAGAUUCGAGACGAGAGAGAAUGUCAUCUCUCGACGAGAAUUUCUCGUUUCUCUCGAGCUCUCUCGAGUUCCCUCGCGCAAUUAACUUUUUACUUCCUUAAAAUUUUUAAUUACUAACUUAAAAUUUAAAAAUAUCAGAUUUUUAGACAGUCAAAAAGUUAACUAUAAAACACCUAUUCUAUAUACACAGUGAGUUUUAAGUAUGGAACGCCUCAAAUAUCUCGGAAACGGCUUGCACGAUUUUUAUGUAUGGUGACCCGUCAAAUGCGCCCCGAAAAAAGCGCCCCGACAAAUGCGCUUCCCGACAAUACUGCCCAAGACAAAAGCGCCACCCGAAAUUUCUUUGUAUAUAAACUAACCAACGGACAGAAUCGUAAUAAAUUCCAUGCAGUCAAAUUUUUAGGAGGUUACUUUUGGAGAUAAAUUAGAAAAACAACAAUUGUUAAGUGUUUUUUUCGAAAAACUGUCAAAGAAAAAGUAAAAGAAACGAACGAAUAAUAUAUUGUUAACAUGUUUCAAAAUGCUUUCAUUUGAUAUCACACGAAAAAAUUCUAACUUCCAAAUGAAACCCUACCCCCUUCCAACUUACUUACAAAGUAUUUAUAGCAGGGGCAGAAGUUGGAAAGGCUUUUGCUAGUUCUCUCACUUCAUACACAUAACUUGACAGGUUUGCGGCGGAUCUAACCGAAGUGGACGCGAUACAUUAGCGUACAAAUUUAUUUCUUAGAUGUUAAUAACAAUUUCGAGUAAAUAAUUUAAUAAAUUGUGAAUAGCUGUUGAAAUUUUGCAGAAUUAUGAUUUGGGUAUUAUAAUACAUGUUUAAGAGGAAAAUUUACAUUACAAACUAAAAGACCUGCGGGGCAACGGUAGUUUAGUAGGUAUAAAAAUUACAACUUAAGGGUGGAGCCUAAAUACUACAAAAUUACUUCCAAACUUCCAAACAAAAUCAGCAUUCAUUCAUAAUUUUAACAAUUGCAUGUAGAUACGAGGGAUACAUAUUAUAAACUUUAACGCGCGAAGUUGAAGACAAAGGAACCGAAAAAUAUUCCACAAUAGCACAAAAUAAUAUUACCUAUGUAUUUUACAAUAUAAGUAUGGUGUAGAUUAAAACUUAUUUUGGCUGUCGACAAAUUUGGUUAAAAAAUCUUCUUUUAGAAAUAUAUCUUUCAUUUGACGAAAAACGAAGGCCUAAACGAAAAACAAAUAUUCUUCAUAAAAGUUUCGCCUAUGUAUUGACAAGGUAAUAGUGCUUUCCUUAUAUUUUUUGCUAUGAAAUUAACAAAAAUAUAGCAAUAAACAAUUACUGAUGUCAUGGUUUUACAGGAAAGGAAGCAGUUUCUUGACUGUAUGCGUCUCUCUCAGGGAUGAAAUGUAUGCAAUCUGUUUGACUCUCUUACAUUAUUUUAUAUAGGUAUUAUUGAUUUAUCCGCUAUGAAGGCGAAUAAUGUUUUAUAGGGUGUAUUAAUUUGUGAUUUUUUUUUUGAGGAAAAUAAAAAAAUAAAAUAUAAACUAUUUAUGGAAGGUAUAAGCACAUUAUACCGGGUGUUCAAAUUAAAGUGUUACAGUUAAAUACCGCUGAAAAUAUGCAUUUUAGAAAAAAAGUUUCAGACAAAAGUUUUAUAGUUUUUUGGGGGAAACAUUUUGGCUAAAUUCAUUUUUUUAUAGCUGAUCAUAAUAUGGCCAUAUCGAGGUGAACUUUGUUUUUUUAAAUGGGAAUCCCAUUUUUUUCUUACAUAUUUUUAAAGUACAUAAAAAAAUAAGAAACUUUUGAGGGAAAUAUUUUUUUUAAUGGACUUUUCUUUUUGAGUAACAGCUACUUGAAAAUGUUGCUGCGCGAAAAAAAAGUUAGCCAUAUUAUGGUUAGCUAUGAAAACCAAUUUUAGCUAAAAGUUUUUCCCCACAAAACCAUAAAACUUUCGUCUGAAACGUUUUUUUUUUUAAAGCGGUAUACAGCUGUAACGCUUUGAGUUGAACACCCGAUAUAUAAGUAAAAGUUAUAAACAGUAAGGCUAUUGCUUUGCAGAAUACAAUAAAUUCCUAAUAAAAAAAUUCAAUAAUUAGAAGUAUAUAAAGCAUAAAUCAAUAAUAUUAAAAUAUAUAAGUACAAGACUCAAACUAAUCAAAAUCAGAUUCACCACAUUAAUCUACAUUUUCCAAAACAUUAGCGGCUAUGAUCAAACUAUUUCUGCAGUUUUUCUGUGCCAUACAGGUGCAUUAACCGAUGUAACCGAUAUUUUUUUCUGCAUUUGCAAAUUUUGUUUCCAUAGUCUAGAAUAGAAUAAUAUUGUUAAAAUAUUGUACAUAUAUGAAAAUUAUCGGUGUAUAGUACCUUUUUUGCAUUUGCAUGAUAAGUUCUGUUAUUUCUGGUAGCAGGUCGAGCAUAAUCUUAAGAGUGGAUAUCAGGCUUCAAUCUUGUACCUUUUAAUUUCGGAUAUAUUUUUUUGAUAAAUAAUUGAUAAAAUUAAUUUAAAAUAAUUGAGCGAAAUUACUGUUUGUAAAAAUAACAAAGUGUACAGAUAUAAAACAAAAUAAAUUCAAAUCACUUGCGUACGUUUAUCACUUGUAAACAGUAGAAAAGGAUAUACAUUUUGUUGGUGUCGCCCUCUAGAUGAAAAAGCUUUUAACGUAUUUUCUUAAUUUUUAUUAAGAAAAAUAAAUGUUCCUGUAAAAAUUAAAAACAUAUAUUGUUCUCUUCUAGCAUUUUUAUUUGUAUUUUUUUUUUUUCGAUAGAAAGAUAUCUUCUUACAUUUUCUCAAAAUAAACCGAUUCAAAUGUUCAAAAAGUGACUCCUUUACCUGUACUUACAUAAUUUUUUAAAAAAUAAAAAAUAAUUUGUAAAAUUGGUGUAAAUACGUAAACUUUAAUUAUCCCUCGUAAAACAUCAGUAAAAUAUUUUGUAAAUUGUUUUCAUUCACAAAUAUUAAUUUCUUAAUAAUCUAACAGAGGCGCCACUUGCCAGACGAAAAAUCUUGCAAUGUAAGGAUUUCGUAGUACCCCACUUUUAAAGUUUAUUUUUAAGUAUUUUUAAAAGAAAAAAAUAUGUACGUGUAGAUAAAGGUUAAAUAUAUGCCCCUCUGGAACCACUUUUUCAAAAUUCAAUUUAGUUUUUUCUAAAAAAAAAAUGAGAAAAUGGAUAAAAAAAAGUCGAGUUUUGUGUUUUUUUUUAGAAAAAAUAAAUUAAAAUUUUGAAAAAGUGUUUCCAGAGGAGCACAGAUUUAACCUUUACCAACAAGCACAUAUUUUUUUCUUUUGAAAUAUGUCAAAAAUAAACUUUAAAAGUGGGGUACUACCAAACCCUUGCAUGCUCUGCUCUAAAGCCAAGUAAAUACUCCUCUUAAUAAUUAUUUAUAAUCCAUAAAUACAUGCGAUUGUCCAGUUCUUAUUCUAUGAAACGACACUGGCAGGUAAACAUAACUGCAAAAUGCUCGAAGUCAUCCGACGUGGUUUGACGUUUACCCCCUCUCUACCUAUCAAAAGCCUUUCCAACUUCUGCCUCUUCUAUACAUUAUUAGUUAACUCCCAAUUUGGGCCACUGAUUACUUUAAAUUUCAAUUGUUUAUGUCAAAUAUUGUCUAAGUAAAACUAUUGUGACAGACGGACAGGCAGAGAGAUAUCAAGGUAAUUUCCCUAAGUCUUUCUUAUUGCCAAUUUGGGUACUGAUGAGACAAAUUACUUAAAAAAUUAUUUGUUAUUGUCUUCAAAAUUUUUCAGUUUUUUCAUAUUUCGUCUUAAGUAUAUCUUUUCCAAAUUUAAAUUUGAGAGAAACGAGACGAGACAAGACGAGACGAGAGAAUGGUUCUCUCGAGCGAGAGAAGCGCUUCUCGUCGAGACGAGAGAUGCCUCUCUUUCGUCUCGUCUCGCGGCAUCACUAGUCAUAAUAAGUAUAUCUGCUUUACUUUCAAAAUGACAAAUAUUUAAAUUGUAUGUCGUUAAAAAUGUUAGGUAGGAUUUUUUGAAAUUGAUGCUCAAUUUACUUAUUUUUAAGUUGUCUGCUUCCAAUAACUAAAUGAUAUCUUUUUUAUCAAGGUUUUGAUCGAUUGCAUUCGUAGAUAUAUCAAAACGUUAUUUAUAACAUACUGUUAAAUGGUUGCCAGAUGAAUUUAACAGGGUGAGUGUUUUGUUCUUUUCACACACAAACGUUCGUUUACUAAUCUGUCAAGUGAUUUUUGUACAUAACUAGAUUAAAUAACGGUAACUUUUAGCUAGAGGGUAGAUUUUGAACAAAAACACGGUGUAGUGUGUGAUAUUAUUAAUAGUUUUAUUCUUAAUGUCAUGUAAAAACUAGAGUUGCAUCUUUAUUUAACGAGAAGACAUUUUUUGAAUGACAGUAAUAUAACUAAAAAGUGUGUAUUAAAAAGAAUAUAAACUGUAAUUAGACACGUAUCAACUCAAUAACAGAACACUGAACUCAAUGUAAAAUUGGGGUUUGUGUGCCAUCUUCGUCAGACCAUUUUGUUUGGAAUGCCUAAUAGUAUUGAAAAUAUCUUAACAAAUUUACAACAUUUAUAUGCAUUUAAAAUUAGUUCAAAUGUAAUUGGCCACCCGGUAGAAUAUAUGCAUUAUCAUAAACGUAAUUAUUGGUAAUUUUAUCAAAGAAAAAUAAUCUUAAUAUGUAUAAUUGUUAGUAUUAGAAAGCAGUUUUCUGACAUUUUUAUCAAAGAAAUUUUAAAUUUUAAAAAGCUGUUUUCUGAGUUUUUUAUCAUCACUCACAAUUUUAUUAUCUCAAUUAAUCGAAUAAAAAAAAUUCUUGAUUAAAUUAAAAGAUUAGCAGCAAAUUUAAAUAUCCUGUAAAAAAUUAUUAAAUAAAGAUUUAGGGUGGUAUAGAUACGUCGUAUUAGUGUUAAAAAAAAAAGGAAAAUAAAGCUAAUAAUAAAAUUCCGAAAUACUGAAAAACAAUAUUUAAUUGUGUAAUUUAUAUUUUAAUUGAAUUUUAAAGUUGUUCUAAGAAGAACAACUUUAACAAUUCUUAAGGAAGAAUGAAAAACACCCUAAAUUAUCAAAUAAAAUAAGUUAAUUUUUAUGUUUAGUAGACGUAUUUCAAUUAAAUUUAAAAAUAUAUUUCAUCCUUUUUUUAAACUGGAAUCCGUGAUCUGGCGGAGGGUGUUUUUUAGAGGUAUAUAAAUUUAAAAUUAAAAAAACACAUCAAAAUAAUAGUAAUGGCCAUGGUAUUGGCCUUAUUGGAAAGAUAUGUGUAUGCCAUUACCAAUGGCCUAUUAUUUCGAGCAUAUGGCAUAGCGGCUGGCUGGAAUAAAACAAUCUGGAAGUCUAAUUUUCAACUACUCUUUAAAGCAGUGAGACCGUAUAUCGGCAAUAACGCGGUUAAUGUUGGCUUCCAAGUCGUCCAUCGUCUCUGGUUAUUGGCGUAGACUAGCGACUAAGCGACUUUAAAACUUUACAAUCUCUACACUCCACAGAUAAUAAUCGAAAGAUUUUGGAUCACACGAUCUUGGACCCAAUUCACAAGUCCAUUACGCUCAUCGAACGUUUCGUUCAACAAAUUGAUUAUGAUGGUCGCUGUGUAGCAUGUUGUGCCGUUGAAACCACAGCUCUUCUAGACUAAUACUAUUCAACUGAAGAACGAAAAGUUAGUAAUCAUGGAUCUAUACAGGGUGUUAAAAAAAGUAGUAUGGGCCAAAAUAUGCAGAAAAGUCUUAAUAAACAUAUGUCCGCAAAUGAAUGGUUUCGGUUUCGGAGUGUUUUGUAUCAUUUUUUGAUUAUCUUUUUUCAUUCUCAAAAACUUGCUUUUCUUAUCGGAGUCUACCGAUGUUUUUUCAUAGAUACUAUUUGCAGUUAUUAUUUUGUUGUGGGUGAAUAAUUUUAUAAAUUUUCGUUAUGCCUGUUUACACUAAUAUUGAAUUAGCUGACAUGCAUUUUAUGUACGGUCGUGCAAAUGGCAAUGCGAGGGAAGCGCUACGUCAGUAUUUGAACAUCUCAUUUAACUCUAUGUUGUUAUUGAUUGUUUAUAAAUAUCAUUGUUUUUUUAUAAUAAUAAAAAAUUGUUAUAAACACAAAAUGGUCCGUAUCUCCGAAACCGUUAAUUUGCGGUCAUAUAUUUAUUAAGACUUUUCUGCUUAUUUUGGGUCAUACUAUUCACCAUUUUAUUUUGUGACACUUUUUUUUAACACCCUGUAGUGCUCUCCAUUGACUGUAUCGUUCUGGCCGGUAUCGUUUUUGAAUAAAAAUGAAAACAUCAUACCACCAGCUCAUAAAGCACACCAAAUGGUGACUUUUUGGAAUAUAACGGAGUGUCGAUUAUAACUUGUGGAUUUUCUUCACCCCAAAUGCGUAAGUUUUGCUUGUUGAUGUAGUCAUUUAACCAAAAAUAAGCCUCAUUACUGAACAAAUUUUUGGACGUAGCGCACUGUAAGUUUCUCGAACUAAUCACGAUUUUCGAAAUAAUUUUGAACAAUUUUGAAUGGUCUUUCCAAAGGCGGACUCCAACGGCGCGUGCAUCGGCGAAUCACGAGCCCAGCUUGCCAAGCUCGCGUUAUUUCUGGCGAGACUUCAUCUUUCCCGCGUGUUGUGCGAAUGAAAGGAAGUCUUUGCUGACCAAGUCCUGUAGGUCUCGUGACGGAACUCACACACGUCGUGGGAUCGCAUUCACUUGCCGAGCCUUGAUUACCUAGCCGAGUCUCAACGAUCCCAAUCCACGUUAGUCGAUUCUAGGUGAAAUGGCAAAUCAUACUGAACACAAAUCAACUGCCAGCUGUCAAAUUGAUUGUCGCUGGAAAAAUUGAUAUCAGCCCAAAAAAAACUCAAUAAAAAACACCCUUUAUUUACUUAUUUUUAAAAAUCUCACUAGAACAAUACUAUAUUUUUAACAUUUUUUGCAUGUAUGUAGUAUUGCUCACAAGUUUGAUAGACAAUUUUUAGGCAAGUAGAUAAUAAAACAAAAUAUUUUGUAUAUCUGUGUAAAUAAAACUUUG